GAGGAGGAGGGGGGCCGACGCAGGGGCCGGAGUCAACACACCUGCUCGGUUUGCCGCGGACGCUUUUGUCGGGAGUUUUAAGGCGGCGUUGGAAGAAAAACCGGCGGCGGCGGUGGGGGGAGUUUUCGAGCGACUGGCGGAGCUCCGUCGCGAAGCUUUUGCAGGGAUAGUGAUGACAUCUCGAUUUCGCAUGCUGGGUGGGAGGACAAACAACAUGCGUGCAUUUGAGAUUCCCAGAGACAAGCAUCGAUCAGAGGUCAUCUGCAAUGUACACUUCUUGAAUAGUUCCAUACAGAGUUUCAAAGUCAAUAAACAAGAUGCUGGUCAAGUUCUCCUGGAUAUGGCCUAUAAUCACUUGGGCUUGACCGAGAGGGAAUAUUUUAGUUUACAAUUCAUAGAUGAUUCAGUGGAUUGCCCUAGAUGGCUUGAACCUAAUAAACCCAUCAGGAAACAGCUCAAAGGAGGUUCUCCUUGCUCACUAAAUUUCCGAGUAAGAUUUUUUGUAACUGACCCAAGUGCUCUACAGCAAGAACAGACCAGGCAGUUGUACUUUAUUCAACUUAAGAAAGAUAUUGUUGAAGGAAGGUUAUCAUGUCCUCACAAUAUAGCAGUCGUUCUUGCUUCCUAUGCAGUCCAGGCUGAGCUUGGAGAAUACAAUCCUCCUAAACAUCAUCAUGGCUACAUUGCAGACUUCUGCUUUGGACCAGAUCAAAACCAAGAGUUUGAAACCAAAGUGAUGUUAUUGCACAAACAACACAGUGACCUUGAACAAUCUGAAGCAGAACUUUACUAUUUAAGCAGAGCAAAAGCACUUGAAUUCUAUGGCGUGGAACUGCAUAAGGCAAGGAAUCUAGGAAAUUUAGAUGUACAGAUUGGUAUUUCAUCUGGAGGACUGGGUGUCUAUCGAAAUAUGGCUCGUGUUAGCUUCUAUCCCUGGGUAAAUAUUACAAAGAUUUCAUUCAAGCGAAAACGAUUCUUUAUUCAACUACGAGAAAAGCCCAGACAAUCUCAAGAGAGUAUUGUUGGAUUUAAUAUGCUUAAUUAUAGAGCAUGUAAAAUUCUUUGGAAAUCAUGUGUGGAGCACCACACAUUCUUUCAAGCAAAGAAGCCACUCCUUCAAGAGAAAAAAAUACUUGCAGCCUAUUUCACAGUAGGCCAUAGAAACCAGAACAGAUUUCUCAACUAUCAAUUCUGUCGACGGGUCAUUGGUGGGAUGGUCUGGAAUCCAGUAUUGAGGAAAUCACUGUCAGUAGAACAGUUGGAAACCAGAAGCCUACCUUCUCGCUCUCCACCAUUGACACCUGAUUGGCCAAGCCCCAGAUUGCGACAUGAUGGCCAAAAGCCUCGGCAUUCUUCUGUAGAUAAUCUUGCUUCUGAAAUGGCUUAUAUUACGGAGAGUGAAGAAGUGUUCUACAACUACAAGGUGAACUCUCCGAUCAAUACAAAUAACAAUGACAUGGAGUGCAGUCUAAAACCAGCUUCGAACAGUUGGUCAGAGGACCAUCAUUCACCACAGAACAUUGCAGCGGGUGAAAUGCAAGGACAGUUCUCUCAGUGUGUCCAAAGGCAACGUCGGCGGUCACUGACUCAUUCAUUCGAUGAUGUGAGGAUCAAUGUACAGAGUGAAGAUGUGUCUCAUCCACUGGAGGGUGUUGAUUCUCAGUUCUUGAAGACUUAUGACAUUAUGGCACCAACAACAAAUUCAGGUGAAACUGAGCCCUACCAAUACUACUAUGACAAGAAUGAUGUAGAUCUUGAUGAUGCUUGCAUAAUUUUGAUACGGAUGACACCUGAUGAAGAAGGAAAGUUUGGUUUCAAUUUAAAGGGUGGAGUUGAUCAGAAAAUGCCACUCAUUGUUUCAAGAGUAAGUCUAGGAUCACCUGCUGAUACUUGUACACCCAAAUUGAUUGAAGGAGAUCAGAUACUUUUGAUUAAUGGCAGAGACAUAUCAGAACAUACUCACGACCAGGUUGUUAUGUUCAUAAAAGCAAGCCGAGAAUCACACUCCAGAGAACUUUUACUGCUGGUCAGACGAAAAGUUACGCAUAAUCAUAUGGAGGACAAGAUGAAAGAUGAGACAGAUCUCCAGUAUUUUCCGAAUAAUUCAAAGCGUGUCUCAUAUCCUGAAUAUGGUGAUUCAUUGGAGGAAUCCAUGAUCCAACUUAGAAAAGGACUGGAAAGUGGAGCUAUACUUAACCAGUUUGAUCAACUAUACAGGAAAAAACCUGGAAUGGCAAUUACCUGUGCAAAGUUACCACAAAACAUGGACAAAAACCGUUAUAAAGAUGUAUUGCCAUAUGAUGUAACAAGAGUCGUCCUAGAUGGAUCAGAAGAUUACAUCAAUGCAAAUUAUGUAAAUAUGGAAGUCUCUGGUACAAGUAUUCUAAAUAGGUACAUAGCAUGCCAAGGUCCACUUCCUCAUACCUGCCCAUAUUUUUGGCAGACAAUCUGGAAUCAGCAAUCUUCUCUUGUUGUAAUGUUAACAACACUGACAGAACGAGGGCGCGUAAAAUGUCACCAGUACUGGCCUGAUCUACAAGACGUAUGCAAGUAUGGCAACUUUCAGGUCACGUGUCAUACCGAAAACUAUGGCAUUGCCUAUGUGUUCCGAGAAAUGAUGCUGACAAAUUUAGAGACAGGAGAGGAGCGUGAUGUUUGUCAUCUUCAAUACGUAACAUGGCCUGACCAUGGUGUUCCUGACGACUCAACAGAUUUCUUUGACUUUGUGACUCGUGUGCGACAGAAAAGAAUCAAAAGGGAGAAUGAGCCAGUUAUUGUUCAUUGCAGUGCUGGAAUUGGUCGAACUGGUGUAUUGGUUGCUAUGGAGACAGCCACGUGUUUAAUUGAAAACAACCAACCUGUCUACCCUUUAGAUAUUGUGAGAACAAUGAGAGAUCAACGAGCCAUGAUGGUCCAGACAUCGAGUCAGUACAAAUUUGUAUGUGAAGCCAUCUUACGUGUAUAUGAGGAAGGUGUAAUUCAACCUUCAGAAGUAUGUUGGGCUGCCGGUUAGUACUGAGAGGAUUCAGAAUAGUUUACAUGAAUUGAAACAAAUCAGAAAACCGUAUGCACAUCUCUGUCCAUGACUGGCUCUAGUUCGUGGGAGAACCUGAGAGUUUAUUGAGCACACCUAAAGUCUGGCACUUUAAACUGAUGUUUAAGUAACAAAUGUAAAUGUAUAUCUUUGUUAAAUAGAUAUAGUAACCUUUAGUAUCUUGUUGUCUGUUUCCCCGAAUUAUUUGUAAAUGUGGCUGGUUGUUGGUCUGCCCUGUCAUUCUAUAUUUUAACAAACAACUAAGGAUCAAAUUUUUGUUUUCAAUGCAAAGACUGACGAUAGGUUGAGUUUAAAACCAUCACACACACAAACAAUGUACAGCAAUGGGUUUUAUUUAAAGGCCAACACUACAGUGUAAAUUAUGGUUAACUAUUCUGGUUAAUGCUGCUACCUCUUUUUCAUUUUGUUAAGUCAUGGAAUUAUGCUUUUGUUAAUGAUUUUAAAAAGUUACUUUAGUUAGCACUAUUUAUUAUUUUGAUUUCAUCUCAGUCAUAGAUUAAAAACAGU